AUGAGUUCAGAUUUGAACGAUGAAAUUGAUCCGAGCAAUAGAGUAUUUUAUGAUCCUGUUACAAUUUUAAGACCAAUUUCAAAAGCAACUGGUGUGAAUUUGGAUCAGGUUUGUGCUUUUGUUGUCAGUUUUGAAAGCAAGUUUCACGAAAAAAAAUAAUUUCAGCUCAACUUUGUCACAUGUCUUUUUCUCGCAUUUCCAAUUGGUUUUUGGUUUCGCCAUCAAUUUCGAGAUUCUCCAAGAGAAAUACGAUCUAUGGUUUCAGCAGCAAUUGGUUUUGCAAUGUGUUAUUUUUUGUAUGGAAGGUAAGGCAAUGAAAAAGUUUCUUGAAAAAAUCAUCAAUGUUUCAGAGCAAUUGCGCAUCUUCUCAUUCAAGGAAUUGGCAGCUAUUUGCUUUUGAAAUUCACAAAUUCUGAAAAUGUUCAUAGAUUUGUUUUUGUUUUUGCAAUGGGUUAUCUUUUGCUGAUUCAUUUUUAUCGAUGGAUUUAUCAAAAAUCAUAUUGUUUGGAUGUUACUGGAAGUAUGAUGGUUGCAGUUGGAAAAACAACUCUUUUAGCAACUGCAAUUCAUGAUGGAAAUAAACUUGAAAAUGGAAAAGAAGAAGAAUUGACUGAAGGACAGAAAAAUGAUGCAGUUCGGGAAGUUCCGAAUUUAUUAGACUUCAUGUCGUAUAUGUUCAAUUUUCAGGAAAGAUAUCCUAUUAGUUGAAUAAAUUGAACAAUAUUUUUACAGAGUGUAAUUGUUGGACCAAUGUCUCAUUAUUCAACUUGGUCAGCUUUCCUCGAUCUCAAACAUGUUCCAAUCGAUCCAAAAACAACGCGACCUUUCAGUCCAACAAAAGAAGCUCUUUUCAAAUUUGAAAUCUCAUUAGGUAUUUUCAUUGUUUAUGGUUUAUUAGGCAGUUUUUUGCCGAUGAGUGUAACUAGUGAUCCGGAAUAUAAUCGAUUGAAUUUGUUUUGCUGGUGGUUUUGGCAUAUGAUUGCAUCAACAAUUCAUAGAUUACCGUAUUAUUUUUCGUGGAUUAUUUGUGAGUUUUUUGUGAAGAGAGAUAGAGAGAGAGAGUUUGUGUGUGUGAGAGGGGAAAAAUAAUCAAUGGAACUGGCUCGAAAAAGAAACAAAUCAAAACCAUCCAAAUUCAUAUAUUGUUGAAUAUUUUUAUUCCUCCGGAAAUUGUAUAUUUUUCCAGCUGACGCCAAUUGCAAUAUUUCUGGUUUUGGUUUCGAUGGAAUUGAAGCAUCAACUGAUUCUGCAAAAUGGUCAAAAACCACAAAUGUUCGCCCACAAAAUGUUGAACUUGGAAGAAAUUACAAAGAAAUGGUAGAGAAUUGGAAUAUAUGGACAGUUGCCUGGUUGAGACGAGUUGUUUAUGAAAGAAUUGAAGGACCAUAUCGAACAUGGGCGGUUUAUUUGACUGGAGCAAUUUGGCAUGGAUUAGCUGUUGGAUAUUAUUUAUCAUUUGCAACCAGUGCUUUAUUUACGUUAGCUGCAGCUACAGUGGGUUUUGAUAUAAGAUAAGAUCUGACCAAAGUUAAAUCGAUUGUUUCCAGUUCCGCCGAUGUGUUCGUCAUCAUUUCCUCGCCAAUGCCAAUCUCAAACUUGCCUAUGAUGUUUUUGGAAUAAUCAUUUCAAAAUUCGCUAUUGGAUAUAUUCAUUAUCCAUUUUAUGUUUUACAUCUUUGGCCAAGCAUAUUUAUGUAUAGAAAAUUAUAUUUGGCACCACAAAUCAUUGCGAUAUUGAUUUAUUUGUAUCUUCCGAUGGUUUUACCACCUUUGAAUGGAAAACAUAAAAAGAAAAGUGGAAUUGAAAAGAAGAAAUCUGGAGAAUCAACGAAAACUGCGAUUGAUGGAGAAAUUGAGAAUAAAAUGAAGGAAGAAUGA